AUGUGGCGAGUUUCUUUGAGUGGUGUAUUUUUUACAAGUUCUGACACCAGAUUCCUGCACACUACUCACCGUUGGUUGUGGUCCUGUGAGCAGUCUUUGUGGAAACCCAUAUCGUUCGAUGUGUUUCUUGAGGAUCUCAAGCGUGGAGCCGCCCGAGACACGCAAUGGUUGCUUGACUAUUUUACCAUUGAGGAGCUUUCUCGAAAAAUGAUGCGUCAUGAGCUUACUCCAAGUACCAAGCUCAACCCUUUAGUUAGUAUCCACAAUGCUCUUUGCCUUACUGCCAAACACAAUGACUUGAGGGACGUACACAUAAUUCUGUCAUCUCCACAAAGCCUGCAGUUAGCUGUAGCGUUAGUUCACGAAGGCUCUCUGUGUACAAAGCUAGAGUCCAUGGAGAUACAUAUUCACACCUCAGCCCUAAGCGAAUGUGAUUUGAAUUCAGAAGAUAUGCUUGGUCAUGAGAGUUAUAAAAAUAGUCUUGGGGAGCUUUUCCAAGCCCUGGAAAACUCUGAGGGAACUCACAGCCCUCUGCGACGGCUAAGCAUUGUCAUGAUAGACGACGCGACGGGGCCGCUGGCGUCAUGGAACGACGCUGUGGUCUCAGCUUUGUCUUCUUUAUUACUUCACUCUCAUCUAUCUUAUAUCCGGUUAAACUACAUGAACCUCCAACAUUGUAGCGAGUCAUGUCUCACAAAACUUGUAAAUGCCCUAUCCAACUCCAGUCAUACCCUGCGCAGUCUUGAGAUCAAGGCGGUUCCGAAGCUAGUAAAGCUAGUCCUUGAGAAGGAAAUGCUUAGUCAGUGUAGAGAGCUGCAAUGCUUAAGUCUUUCCCACAAUCGCCUUGGUGAUAGAUGGAAUGUACAGCUAGUAAAAGACUUGAACGAUAGUGUUGGUGGGUGGCACCAGCUGCACCAACUUGCGCUUACCCAAUGUGAGGUUAGCUCCUAUUUUCUCGAAGUGCUCUACAAAACUCUCGUGAGUCGAAAGGGGGAAAGGAAAACGGAGGUUGAAGACACAACAGGUCCUAUAGCUCGUAUCAAGCAGUUCAAUCUUGCCUCAAAUGAACUCACGGACGACGCCAUCUUUCAUCUCUCUACUUGUCUGAUGCAAUGCCCCUUCUUGACACAAUUGGAUCUACGUCAUAAUUCUAUGUCCAAGAGUGGUGUUAAGCAGCUUCUAAGUAGUCUCACGCAUGCUCCCUUGUUGCGAUGCCUUCGGUUGCGUUCUAAUCGGCUAACCGACGAAGGGAUUCAAAGUCUGUCCUCAUAUACUCAAUACUGGAAGGAACUUGAAGAACUCGAUCUUACCCGUUGUCGUCUCACAUCUCGGUCGCUCGUGGACUUGGCCACUGCUAUUAAAUCCACUCCACAGCUGCGCGUCUUCCGAGUGUCUGGUAAUGACUUCCGUCCAAUUAAAGGCAGUGGUACUCUUCUGUCAAAAACACGGGGUGAUAAUACAGUUUCUGUGGGAGAGAGCGAGCUUAAAUUAUUUGCUUAUGGACACUCAUAUAUGCGGCCUGGGGAUAAUGCUGAAAGCGGCACCAGGGUCCACUGCGAUGUCCGAGUUCCAACCUCAUAUGAGAUUGACCGUCGUGACCGUGAAACAAGGCGGGUGCGCUACCGCGACGCACAAGAAAUCGUGCAGGAAAUGUCUGAUCAAUCUCGUGAAGCUUUAACAAAUCCUUUUCAGGUGUUUGGUGCGGCUCUUAGCAGCUGUCAGCAGCUUCGUGUUUUGGACCUCAGUGACUGUUCCCUACAGGACGAUGGCUUUGCCUCUAUAGCGUCCGGUUUGAGUCUUCCACAACUAGAAGAGCUGCAUCUCAGUGCUAACCCUUUGUUUGUCAAGGGUGGAGCUUCCCUUGAGGGACUCAUACAGGCUCUAUGGUCCGCGACAGAGACUUUGCGAACACUUGAUCUUUCCUUUCUUGGCCUCGGAGACUUGGGUAUCUCAGCCUUGUGUGAUGGACCAUUAAUAGAAGGAGACGAAAGUAAGUUGGGUGUGCUGGGGGAACUCAAAAAACUCGAAGUACUCAGCCUUUCGCACACUAACGCCGGAACCCUAGGUAUUGAAGCGGUCCGCGAGACCGUCGCCGAGCUACCUCAGCUGCGAGCUCUUUUUCUGGAUAGAAACAGAUGCUCAGGACAAGACCUGGUCGAGCUUCUCUCAAGUUUAUGCUGUCUUCGGCAACUACGCUUUGUCGCCCUGACAGAGUGCGUACCAAACCAAAAAGACCACAAACAAGUUAUAUUGAGCAAGGGUUUUGAGAAUUUGCGUGAAUUAGGUGUUGGAAUUGCAAUAUGA